AUUUCCUGGAUUUUCUUUGUGUUUCUUGGAGGUUUGAUUAAAAUGUCUCCAUUGGCUCUCUCUCCUAAGACCGUUGACAUUGUCAACAUUUUUCAGAAUGACGUGGAGUUCUCCCUCGUAAAUGAGAUCCAUAAGGGCAUUAGCCCUCCCGCCGGCGUCAGGAAGUCAAUGCCGACGAUGCUUCUCUACGAUGCCAAUGGUCUCAAGCUUUUUGAGCAGAUCACCUAUGUGGAGGAGUAUUAUCUAACGAAUGCGGAGAUUGAGGUCUUGGAGAUAAAUUCCAGGAGGAUAGUUGAGCGGAUUCCAGACAAUGCGCAAUUGCUUGAGUUAGGUAGUGGGAAUCUUCGGAAGAUCGAGAUUCUGCUACGGGAGUUUGAGCGCGUGGGAAAGCGCGUGGAUUAUUAUGCCCUGGAUCUGUCUCUAUCAGAACUGCAGCGCACAUUCGCGGAAGUGUCUAUUGACGACUACAUGCACGUUGGCCUCCAUGGUCUCCAUGGGACCUACGAUGACGCCGUCACUUGGCUUAACAGCCCCGAAAACAGGAAGCGGCCCACGGUGAUCAUGUCUAUGGGUUCCUCUUUAGGGAACUUUGACCCUCCCAGUGCAGCAAAAUUUCUCUCGCAGUAUGCUAGCCUUCUUGGUCCAUCCGAUAUGAUGAUCAUCGGCUUGGACGGCUGCAAGGACCCGGGCAAAGUAUACAGGGCAUACAAUGAUUCGAAAGGUGUUACGCGGCUGUUCUAUGAGAACGGACUAGUGCAUGCAAACGUUGUUCUCGGAUACGAAGCCUUCAAAUCCAAUGAGUGGGAAGUAGUGACAGACUACGAUACCGUGGAGGGGCGACACUGGGCAGCCUACUCGCCCAAGAAGGACGUUACUAUAAACGGGGUCCUUCUUCAGAAGGGGGAGAAACUUUUCUUUGAAGAGGCGUACAAAUACGGACCUGAGGAACGCGAUCAGCUGUGGCGUGAUGCCAAGUUAAUCCAGACUACGGAACUUGGCAAUGGGUCUGAUAAUUACCAUCUCCAUAUCCUGACAUCUGCUACCCUCAACCUCCCAACAUCUCCUCCUCAAUAUGCAGCUCAUCCUAUACCCAGUUUUGAAGAAUGGCAGUCUCUGUGGACAGCAUGGGAUAAUGCUACAAAGGCUAUGGUCCCUCGCGAGGAGCUUCUGUCAAAACCUAUCAAGCUACGGAACUCUUUAAUCUUCUAUCUGGGACACAUCCCUACAUUCUUGGAUAUACAUCUGGCUCGAGCCCUACACGGAAAACUAACAGAGCCAAAGUCCUAUAAACUAAUUUUCGAACGUGGGAUUGAUCCUGACGUAGAUGACCCCCACAAGUGCCACUCCCACAGCGAGAUCCCAGACGAGUGGCCGGCCCUUGAUGAUAUUCUAGACUACCAAGAGCGAGUCAGAAGCAGAGUUAGAUCCAUCUACCAAACCGAGGGCUUUGCAGAAAACAGAAUUUUGGGCGAAGCACUUUGGAUCGGGUUUGAGCACGAGGUGAUGCACCUCGAGACAUUCCUGUAUAUGUUGAUCCAGAGCGAAAAGAUACAUCCUCCACCCGCCGCUGAACGGCCGGACUUUGAGAAAAUAUACCAAGAGGCUCGGAAAAGCAUGAAGCCAAAUGAGUGGUUCUCUAUUCCUGAGCAAACACUUACUAUUGGCCUCGAUGGUGCUGAUACCAAUGACGUACCCCCAACGACCUAUGGAUGGGACAAUGAGAAGCCUGCGAGAACAGUGACCGUUCCGGCAUUUGAGGCACAGAGCAGACCCAUCACUAAUGGUGAAUACGCCAAGUACCUGCAAGCGAAUCAAUCGCGCAGAAGGCCAGCAUCAUGGGUCCUCGCCCAAUCCAAUGAAAACUAUACCAUACCUAUGGCCGUCAACGGAAGCAGUGUUGAGGCUACAAAGGACUUUAUAUCCAAUUUCGCUGUCCGUACUGUUUUUGGCCCAGUUCCGCUUGAAUUUUCCCAAGACUGGCCUGUGAUGGCGUCAUAUGAUGAAUUGGCCGAAUAUGCCGAAUGGGCGGGUUGCAGGAUUCCGACCUUUGAAGAGACGAAGAGUAUCUAUCUGCACUCAGUGCUACUAAAGGAGAGAGGCAGUGUGAAGCAUAAUGGGGAGCCCAACAGCCAUAGUGCGAACGGCGAUCUUAAUGGGGUAAACGGAAAUGGUUACUCAAAGAUAAACAACCCCAGCAAGCCUCGUACGCCGGACCACCAGCCUGUACAAUAUCCUUCUCGAGACGCCUUGCCAGUGUUCCUAGAUCUCGACGAACUCAACGUCGGGCUCAAGCACUGGCACCCUACCCCAGUUAUCCAGAACGGCGAUCGACUCGCCGGUCAGGGUGAACUGGGAGGCGCAUGGGAGUGGACUAGCACGGUAUUGGCGCCUCACGAUGGCUUUAAAGCAAUGGAUAUCUACCCGGGAUACACUUCCGAUUUCUUCGACGGUAAACACAACAUCAUCCUAGGUGGGUCUUGGGCUACUCAUCCCCGCGUUGCUGGACGUACCACUUUCGUCAAUUGGUACCAGCACAACUAUCCUUAUACCUGGGCAGGAGCACGCCUGAGGUUACUAACGGGCAGCUUAAAUAUGUCUCUUGAAACCAUCACGACCAUCUCGCCCUCCACGAAUCAGCCAGUUGUCACUCGGACGGGCGUCACUUCCGAGGACCUACAGCGAAUCCCGGAGGUCGCACAGGAGGCCUUCCGAUCAUUCUCUCAGUCGACCUCUCUCAAAAAGCGCCAAGACAUUGUCACUCGUGCAUUGGACAUUCUCGAGAAAAAGAAAGAUGAGCUUGCGCGCGAGCUGACCGAGCAGAUGGGUCGUCCGAUCGCAUAUACCGGUGUGGAGGUAAUGACAGCUAUCAAGCGCAGUCGCUACCUGACCAAGAUCAGUGACUCGGUCCUGGGUGAUGAGGGCAUUGUCCCUGGUGAAGAGGAGAAGGGCUUCAGACGCUAUAUCAAGCGGAAGCCUGUUGGUGUGGCCUUUAUCAUAUUUGCCUGGAACUACCCCUAUUUGAUCCUUGUCAACAGUUUAAUCCCUGCUAUUCUGGCCGGAAAUGCUGUCAUUUUAAAACCCUCCCCACAAACUCCUACCAUUGUUGAGCAAUUUGCCGCUGCCUUCGCCGAGGCCGGGCUACCUCAAAAUGUCAUCCAAUAUUUCCACUGUGGAUCCCCUACAUUACUUGAAACUAUUGUCCGGUCACCUUUGGUCAACCACAUAUGUUUCACCGGCUCGGUGGCUGGUGGCUUGGCUGUUCAGAAGGCCGCGUCAGACCGCAUCGUCAAUGUUGGGCUGGAGCUCGGUGGCAAAGACCCAGCUUACGUUCGGGACGAUGUGGAUGCAGCGUGGGCCGCGGAGGAGGUCGUUGACGGAGCUAUCUUCAACAGUGGACAGAGCUGCUGUGCGAUCGAGAGGGUCUACGUGCACAAGAAUAUCUACGAUACCUUCGUUGAGGAAGUCAAGAAGGUCCUAAGCAAGUAUCGUGUCGGAGAUCCUUUUGACAACCAAACGCAGAUCGGACCUGUUAUUUCAAAGCGUGCGAAGGACGCGAUUCAGGCCCAUAUCACCGAUGCGAUCCAGAAGGGUGCCAAGGAUGAAACUCCAGCAAAUGAGACAUUUGAAAACCCUCCUGCGGAUGGCAACUACGUCAAGCCUACGCUCCUGACGGGCGUGAACCAUGAUAUGGUUGUUAUGACGGAGGAGACCUUUGGACCUGUCAUUCCUGUUAUGAAGGUCAACAGCGACGAUGAAGCCAUUGGGCUGAUGAACAGCAGCGAGUUUGGACUGACUGCCAGUGUCUGGACCAGGGAUGUGGCUAGGGCUGAGGAACUAGUUGAGCAGGUGGAGGCGGGAACCGUCUUCAUUAACCGAUCUGACUAUCCUAGUCCGGAUCUCGCAUGGACCGGCUGGAAGAAUUCGGGACGGGGCGUAACUCUCAGUAGAUUCGGAUUUGAGCAAUUUGUCAAGCUCAAAAGCCACCAUAUCAAGGCGUACCCUAAAUAA